UCUGGUCAGAAAAGGUGGCGAGGGUACCAGUUGAUCUAGUGUCAACAGAGGUUGUCCGUAGUCUUCCUGGCCAAUCGUCGUCCACUUUGUGGUCUGACAGCAGCGAAGUCACCAGUGAAGCCGUGUUACGGGAUAUGAUUUGUCAAGUAAAGAUUCACGGUCCAGCAACCCAUAAAAGGGAGUGCUUCGUGUCAAGGGCCAGCGGUAUGUUUGACCCAGAUCUAUCAAAACCCCGAGCCAACGAGUUUGAAGAGACGUACGUGACUCCAUGUAUCCACGCGUUCUCCCGAACACGACUUUUCUAUCCAGCUGAACUUUCUACACGAAUGUUUAUCGAUGUUUGGCGAGCAUAUGUAGCAGUAAUUGAGACCUCAACCGGUUGGUUUAUAAUUGGACCUCUGCCACUCCUUCACCACCUUGCCGUAAUGCCCGUAGCAAAAAGUUUCUGGCUUGGUGUUAUUUUUAGCCGAGAUUUCGGGCCACCUGUUCAUGAGUUGCCAAUGCGUUAUCAGAAAUCAGGUAUUGACGAAGAGACGAGGUUUGUACGAUAUUCGCUUAUCAGGGUCAGAAGGCUUCGGUCCUAG